GUUCAGCCAGGAAGCGCCAGCCCAUGCUUGACUGCAAAGCCUGUCAUGGCGACGUGGGCGGAUGCAUCAGGUGAGGAUGCAACGGUCAUGGCGCUGGCGCAUCUGCUGCAGUGGAGCGGAGGAAGUCGACCUGCCAGCGCGGUGGGGUAUAUCUAUCAAGAGGAGGGUGGCAGCAUGCACCGCUGGGUGGUGCAGUCACAUGGUGGCGUGCAGAAUUUCGUGGCCGCCCAUCCGGAGGCGUUUGUCCUGGAGCCAAUGAAGCCAGGUGAGAGAUGCCCCACCAUUCGGCUCCGCAAUGCAUGGGAGCAAAGUAGUGCGCCAGUGUGCCACUACUUCCGUGCUGGGCGCUGCAACAAGGGCAUGGGCUGCAAGUUUUCGCAUGCCGGCUUGACACCCACAAUGUGCCAAGCAUUUGACAAUCUUCGAAUGGAGUCCCUUCGCUCGCAGGUGGAGUACUACUUGAGUGACGACAAUUUGGCGAACGAUGCCUUUUUCCAGGCCAUGAUCCGUGGCUCAUCUGGGGGAUGGAUCCCCAUCACUGCCUUCUUAGGCUGUCCCAGAAUGAAGCAGUUGGGAGCCAGUGCUUCAGAGAUAGUUGCAGCAUUGCGCUGGUCCACCCAACUGCAGCUGCGAGAGUGGCCGGAGGGUGCCGAGGAAGUGCGGCGGAAGGCUCCGCUGCCUGAACAGCAGGCAAAGCGGGCUCCCGCACCUACCAAGGAGGAGUCGCUUGAAGAGAGGCCGUUGACACUCUUGAAAGACUGCAGUGAUGGGUGGCAAGCUGUGGUGGAAGAUCUUCAACGGAGAUCUUUCUGCUUCCACAAGCACAGGACAGCGUCAGAAACGACUCUUGAAGAGGAAUUUAGCCUGCUUUUGGCUUCUACCCAGUGGGAGACACUGAGAAGCAAGGCCGGUGCAGUCACCCGAAGUACCGCAUGGUAUGUGGUGCCUGGGUGCUGCUGCCGCUACACAUACGGAGAAGCAUCUGUGCAGCCACGAGAGAAGCCCGAGUGGCUUUACUCCAUUGAGGCUCGCAUUUUGGGACACAUGUGCGGCCUCUGCAAAGACGACUGGCCCAACAGUGUCAACAUGAAUCUCUAUGAGGAUGAGUCCCAAAACGUGGGCUGGCAUUCCGAUGAUGAGGGCCUAUUUCGAGGCUGUCAAGUCGAUUGUCGCAUCAUUUCAGCUUCCUGGGGAGCGACCCGCCGCUUCGAGAUUGCUUUGAAGGACAGAGGACAUAUCUCUGGCAAACCGAGCAUCUUCCACGACACCCUCCAAGGGAUCACGUUGGAGUCAGGCGACGUUUGCAGCAUGGAAGGAGCUUUUCAGCGGCACUACUCCCACCAGCUAGCAAAGGGUGCAGCUGGCGCGGAAGCAGCACAGAGACCUGCAAGUGAGGGGAUUCACUACGGCAACGCCCGAAUCAACCUUACAUGGCGCUAUAUUGCCAUUGGCCAAGAACGUCAGUCACAAGCCCUACUGUCCUGAAGCUCGGAAUGAUCCAAAACCACUCCAGCAAUGACUUGGGAGUCAUUGAGUUGCUAGGCCAAGGCAACCGGCCAAACCGGCCAGCUUCAAAGCUGCAUGAUUUGUCAUGAGUUGGACUGAGUUGGACUCAUGAGUAGAGAGUGCUGGUGCCACGCUUGAACACAGCACCAUGUUAAUGUCCGCAGAGGCCUGGCCUUUGGAUUGCAAGUUUCACCAGUAGCUCCCGAGAGCCGCUAUCGUUUGUGACAAAA